AUGGAAUCGAAGGGGUGCGCCCACAGGAUCAGGAAUUGCGGCUCUGAGCUGCUGACCUUGGAGGUACAUCUGACCAACGUCAACGAAAACAAAUGGAAGCUCAUGGAAAACAGUCUUCGCCUCAAGUCCACCUUCUUGUAUUGCGACCUCAACCGGCUCAUCUCAAACGAAAAAGAUGAACGCAAGGAGCUUCUCACCGACCUCACCAACAGACUCUCCCGUUACCUGGCGAAACUGGAUCGUGCUGUUAAGACCAGAAGCGUUCCGCUGGCAAGAAUCCACUACAAUGACGUUGCUAUUGUUCUACGGGAGAUCGAGGCUGCUCUCAUGCCUUUUCUUUCAUGA